CCAGUAUCAGCUAAGGAGUCAUCAGGUUAAUAAAGAACUGAAUUUAUCAGAUAAAAUGUACGACAUUUCAGAAAAAAGAUCGUUUUUCAGUAACCUCUUUGAGAAUCUGAAAAAGAUUUUGGGUUAUUUUGGCGACAACUCUACCUUGCAUGGCGUGCGAUAUGUGGUUUCCAUGUCGUAUAUACCAUUAUUUCAAAGAAUAUUCUGGCUGCUUAUACUGUCAGCGAGCGCCGCAUGCGCUGGUAUUGUGAUGCGCCAGGUACUGAGCUUGUACUCAGGGGAGGCCGUGACAUAUCUCGUAGAGACCAACUACUUGAAGUUCGACACUACCUUCCCAGCAGUGACGGUCUGCGAGCAAGCAAAUGCAGAGAGAGUAGCCGCGUAUACGAAACGAAACAAACUGCCCGGAACCCUAAACCUGUUCCUGAAGGACAUGACGUACUGGAGCGCGAGGGUCUGCAGCUGUACCGGCUGCAGGCCUGGCUACUGCACUGACGACUUCUUAGAGAUGGUCAAGACCAUCCGGGCUGGCUGCAAGGAGCUCCUCACUGACUGCUGGUGGGCUGACGAACACUUUUCAUGCUGUGACAGGUUCCUCCCAAUAGAGACAGAGUUCGGGACAUGCUUCGUAUUCAACUCCAGGCUGACAGGGAACGAGACGGCUCUCAUCGUGAACCGCAAGAUAGGUCUGCCGAAUCUUGUCAUCACCGCGAUUCAGGACGUAGCGAUAAGGGUCCACUCUCCGGACGACAUGUGCACCGUUGGGAUGGAGAAUGCUCUGGGCAAGCCUUUGGAUCUACCCAUGAUUACUGAUUUUGAGAUCAUUUUAACGGCAGAAGAGACGCUAAGCGAGGAGUUCGUGACGUCAAUGCCUCCGCGCGUUCGUGGAUGCCAGCUCAAAGACGAGCGGCCCUCCUUCGCGCAGGAGUGGCCCUCCUCUCGCUACUCCUUCAGCACCUGCAUGCUGCACUGCCGGGCGCUGACAGAAGCCAGCCUCUGUAAUUGCACUCACCACCUCAUGCCUAAACUUAGCGACAUUCCUCGGUGCGAUAUUAAAGGCUUGGCGUGUCUGAGUAUGAAGAAAAGUAAAGAAACACUGGUGGCGACAAGCUGCAACUGCCCCAUGAGUUGCGAAGAGGUCACUUACAAACCAGUACACGUAUUCACAAAACGCCAUGUAGACAACGUGUCACCAGAGCUGGCCGCGCGCGGCACUCGAGGCCUGGUGAGACUGGCCAACCUUCCCACCACGAGGGUGCAACGAGCUGCCAUCAGGCACACCUUGGGAUUAGUCGUGGACAUCGGCGGAGUGGUCGGCGUGUUCCUCGGCGCUACCCUACUCAACGUCAUCGAAAUUGUUUAUUUAUUAUGCAUUCGUCGGACGAAAUAGAGAAAUAUUUUGAAUUAAGUAUAGAAUAUUUGGAAUAAGGUUUUCAAUUCAUACACAAACACCUAGGUGAUUUAAUACGCCACACAAUUAGGCGACGAAAUUGAUGUAUUGUUGCUUAAUCAUGUUUGAAACUAUCUUUAGUUUCAGAAUGUGUAUUUUUUUUAUUCAUUGGUGUUCUUUUUAUAUUAGAUUAAGGUUUAAAAUAAAAAUUAUUUAUUUGUGAGACAUUUGUGUUUAGGUACAUGUAGAAUAAUAGUGUGUUCUGACAUGACUUUGUUCAGAGAGAUUCUUUUACAAAGCUAUCUGUUCAAAGCAAUAAUUACUUACACUCUCAUGCACUUUGUUCUCGAUUUGAUCACGUAUUCACGCGUUACAUAGUAGACCUAGAUGGAAUGUAUAGUCGGCCGCACAGAAGGCCAUAUAUUUCGUUACAAUAUAGUACCUAUUGCUACCGCAUAAGAUUGGACUGCACUGGUGUAGAGUACCUACAUGGCUAUUGUAAAAGGUUUACGACACCUUUACAACGAUAUUUGCUAAUUAACUCGUAAAAUGUAAAUAGUUCUGCUAAUGGAUUGGUCUGCGAGAGUGAAAAAGCUCGGGUGCACUUAACUUUGUACACUUUUCAGGGUAAUCCUACUUGUAAAUUUUAACUGAAAAUGUAUUAAACCCAAGUAAGAUUUAACACUGGAAUUUUUACUUUUUGCGAUAGAAAUAUGUCUUGUCUCGUCACAUAAAUUUUAUAUCUCACAAAACAUUUAGUUUAUCAACUGUAAGUAUAAAAUAUACGAGUAAGGACCUACGCGUACUAAGCAUCAGUUUUUAUUUCCCUGUAAAGACUGUAAA